ACGACGGCGCGCGGCGGCCGGCAGUGACGGGGGACAGCGUCGCGCGGUGCGGUCGAUCGUGUUUCGUUUCCUCGGCAGGGAAAACCGAUCGGCAGCUUGCGUUUCACGCCGCCCGCACGCGCGCACAGCCGGGAGAGACCGCGCGCGCGCGCUCCGUUCCGGGACGACCUGGGCCUCCUCGCGGAGCACGUUUUCGACUUUUGGAAGAACACGAAAAGAUGCCCCCCACCGCUGGCACGCACGCCGGACGCUGAACUGCGCUCUCUCUUUCGCUCCCGGCCUGUAACUCGGCCCCGGUUCCUGGCGCCGUAGGAGAGCGGGAGUUCUCGUGUGACCUUGUGUCUACCUUGUCAGUUUAUCAACGUCGGAAAUAAUUGCCGCGUAUACGUGUGCGCGGAUAAGCAAAGUGCGCUCGUCAUAAACGCAGGCGUCGCGGUUCCCGCGCGAAAAAGACAGAGAGAGAGAGGUAAAAGGAGAAACCACCACCGAUUAACAGCACGGUCUGCAAUUCGCGCUUGGACUCGCCGUUCAAUAGCAUGCUGUGCAUGAUCAACGCCAUCCGCAGCUGCGGGGACCAAGAUCGUAAGAAGAAGGGCAAAAAGGCGAAGAAGAAGCAGGAGAAGAGGGCCGUGGAUGAGCAUCAGUUGCGCAGAGAUCUCAGGAAGCUGACGAAGAUGACGAAGUCCGCUGACCAGGCGCAGGAAGCUGCGAUGUCCACGCAGGUCGAACCGCAAUACUCCGAGGAUAUUAGGAUCGGCGGUGUAGAGGGAGGCGGCACGUACUCCACGCUCGUGAUACUCGACGGGAAGGGCACGAAGCUAACAGAAGUUGAAGGACCACACACCAAUCAUUGGUCAAUCGGGAUAGACGAGACGGCUGCCAGACUCAGCACGAUGAUCGAGAAGGGUAAACAGGCGCUAGGGAUGCCGGAAACUGUUCCUUUAGAUUGCGUAGGACUUACUUUAAGCGGUUGCGAGGAGGAAUCCACCAAUCGUCAGCUCGUGGAGACUUUGUUGGGGAAAUAUCCACAGUCCGCCAAGGACUACAUGAUUGGCUCGGAUACUCUUGGUAGCCUCAGGACCGGCUUGCAAUCCGGCGGGAUCGUGUUGAUUGCCGGAACCGGUAGCAAUGCGUUGCUGAUUAAUCCGGAUGGGAAGACUCACGGUUGCGGGGGAUGGGGAUACAUGAUUGGCGACGAGGGGGGAGCUUACUGGACCGCCCAUCGCGCCUGUAAAUAUGUAUUCGACGAUAUCGACGAUUUGGUGAAAGCACCGGAACCAAUAAGCUACAUCUGGCCGGCGAUGAGAAGUUACUUCAACGUGACCGAUCGGAACGGUAUAUUACCGCAUCUGUACGCGAAUUUCGAUAAAAGCACUAUCGCCGGCUUCACCAAGGAAAUCGCGAUCGGCUGCGAGAAAGACGAUCCGCUGUGCCUGAAACUCUUCGAGGAAGCUGGACAAGUGCUGGCGAAGCAUAUUAUCGCCGUCUCGAAGAAGGCUCAUAACGAUCUCAAACUGGCCCACGGCGGCUUGAAGGUGAUCUGCGUCGGAUCUGUUUGGAAAUCGUGGAAAUUCAUGAAGAAGGGUUUCGUGGACGAGAUUCAUGACACGCAUGUCGUGGAUGAGCUAAGUCUGAUGCAUCUGACAACGUCAUCGGCCUUAGGCGCCUGCUACCUGGCCGCGGAGAAGAUCAACUGUCCAUUCGUCAAGCCGUACGACAGCAACGUCGAGAUCUUUUUCCAUUACAAGCGCGACAAUUAUCCGGAGACGCGGAAGACGGAACAUUCGGUAGAAUUAAAAAAUCAUACGCCCGACUGCUGCAGCAGCGCUCACGUUCACGGAAACGGGGAAAGUACACGAUAAGAAAUAAAGUUUCGAAACACACAUGGCAGCGUUUUUUUAGUCGGCGUUGAAACUUUAUCUGGCGACACGUGGCGAAAGUAAUAGACGAAGAUUAUCUCGCAUGAUUAACAAAUUGGAAAGAUCCAAGUUCCUGAUUGGAGGCGAUUACGAAGCACACAUGUAGCUCUAUCUAAAUACAUAUCAUACAAAUCUGCGGAAAAUACCAAGAUUUCGCAUGUGUAAAAACUACAAAUUGUAAAUAUCGAUUGAACGUGUAUAUAUAAAUUUUCAUGAAACCAAAAGCAAUAUAAUAAAAUCUUGAGCACGCAUUGAUGGAAAGU